AUGGCACUCCCUCUCCGCCCCCGCCUCCCCGCUAUUACCACCACGACCUGUCCCCGCCACUUCUCCACCACGCGCCCCCUCCCCGUCUCCCUCCAACUCGACCGCAACAACCCCGACACCGUUGCCGCAACCGUCCCACCCUACCCCUACGGCCCCGCCCGGUGGUACAAGCAAUCACGCCUAGGUCUCUACGGCGGCCAACGCAUCCAAUUCGGCAAUAACGUUGGCACGACUUUCGCCGUGAAAACCCGUCGCACCUGGCAUCCGAAUGUACUUACGAAGAAGCUUUUCUCGAAAGCGCUGAAUCGAUAUGUGCAGGUCAGGGUAACGGUGAAGACGUUGAGGACGAUUGACAAAUUGGGGGGACUGGAUGAGUAUUUAUUGGGGGAGAAGGAGGCAAGGAUUAGAGAGUUGGGUGAGAGUGGGUGGUGGUUGAGGUGGGCUAUCAUGCAGACGCCUGUCAUUAGGCGGAAGUUUCGGGAGGAGAGGGUGAGAUUGGGUGUA